AUGAAGGUUCUUGGCCUCAUUGUCCUCUUCCUGCUCGUUGCAGUGAACGAAGCCAAAGUCUUUGAGAGAUGCGAACUGGCUAGGCUCCUGAAAAAGCAAGGACUGGAUGAAUAUGAAGGAUACGCCCUGGGCAACUGGGUCUGCAUGGCUUACCAUGAAAGCAAAUACGACACCCAGGCUGUGGGGCCACCAAACAGCAAUGGCAGUCGGGCCUAUGGGAUUUUCCAGAUAAACAGCCGCUGGUGGUGUUCCAAUGGCCAAGGGACGACGUCUAAUGGCUGCGAGACAUCCUGCAGCAAUUUCCUUAAUGAUGACAUCACUGAUGAUAUUGAGUGUGCCAAAAGAGUCGUCCGUGACCCCAACAAGAUGGAUGCUUGGGUUGCCUGGAAGGAGAACUGCAAAGGAACAGACCUCUCCAAAUGGACCUCCGGCUGCGGACUCUGA